AAUUUAUGAAAACAAUGCAUUCUGUAGUUAGAACAAAAACUUUGAGGUUUCAAAAUGACUUUUUAUUUUCCUUUCCUAGAAAAAAAUUAGAAUUUAUUUCAUUUGAGCAUUGAAAUGUACAGAAAAAUUAUUCGUGCUUCUCUUCUGGGUCCCCCAGGUUCUGGGAAGAGUACCGUAGCUAAGCGCAUACUUGAGGAAUUCGAUCUUGUGCACAUUUCUCCAGGUGAUCUGUUACGCGCGAAUAUUGAGAAGAAUACUGAUUUGGGUAAACAGGCGGAAGCUUACGUAAACCAAGGCAAAUUAGUCCCGGACAAUAUAAUCAUUGAAUUCAUUGCGGGUCAUCUCAGAGACCUGACUUGUACUUCUUUCUUGUUAGACGGUUUUCCGCGUAACAUCACACAAGCUAAACGUUUAUCUGAAGUGCAGAAACUGAAUGCUGUUAUAUAUCUAAAUAUACCGCAUGCAGAACUUAUCCGACGUAUUGAAGGACGUUUUGUACAUACAAAGUCUGGCAGAGUUUAUAAUACUUACUUCAAUAAACCUAAAGUACCUGGUAAAGAUGACAUAACAGGGGAGGAUUUAAUAAAACGUGAAGAUGAUAAACCCGAAGUAUUUGCGGAACGUUUAAAAACUUAUGAGCAAACGGUAAAACCUAUAUUAGAAUACUAUGAAAAGGAAUUUCCCGGUAUAUUAAAAUCAGUUGAUGACACAACUAGCGACGAAAUAGUGUGCAAAAUCCAGAAAUUACUUGCAGAUCUCCAAAAGUCUGAAUGAAGGCCCUAGAGAAUUUAGAAUUUUAAUUAUAUUUGAACGCCUGUC